AUGAGUUUUAUUAAAGUCGCCUGUUAUUCCCUAAUGGGGUGUUCGUUAUUGCCCUUCGUGGCAGGCGAGCCCUGUACAAAUCCUGGUCAAAGACGGGCAUGGCACACCCUUGACAACACCGAAAAAAAAGCCUAUAUAGACGCUGAGCUUUGCCUAAUGGCCAAGCCCGCCACUUUAGGUCUCCCAGGAGCAAAAACCAGGUUUGACGAAUUGCAGGCCAGCCAUCAGUUGCAGGCGUUCGCAACACACAAUGUCGCGGCAUUUCUCCCCUUCCAUCGUCUCUUAUUAUUCGCGCACGAAACAGCUAUGCGUACAGAAUGCGGCUAUACCGGCUUCCAACCGUAUUGGCAGGAGCAGCUCGAUGCGGGAAAAUUUAAAUCCUCUAUAAUAUUUGACCCAAUAACCGGAUUUGGAGGCGACGGCUCCGGACCUAAUAACUGCAUCACCACCGGGCCGUUUUCCAAUUAUACUAAUAGCCUGGGGCCUGGAUACGAAAUUACAAACCAUUGUAUCGACCGAGCUAUUGACGAUGACAUUUCUAAAGGCUCUUCUCAGCAAAAUGUGGAUAAUUGUCUGCUCCAAACGACUUGGAAAGACGCAUGGACCUGUAUCGAAUCCGCCCCGCAUAUAGGCGGCCACGCGGGUGUUGGAAAGCAAAUGGGUAACGGCGUUAGCAGCCCCGGCGAUCCUUUAUUUUAUAUACACCAUACGUGGUUGGAUAAAAUUUAUGCCGACUGGCAAGCCAAAGAUAAAGCGGUGCGUACCAGUUCUAUUAGUGGUACUAAUAUUUCGCCGGAUAACGUGCCGGGGUUCCCGCCAAGGCCUGCAAAUAUCCCUAAGCCUACAGGCGCAGAUGGUGAUACAGGUACAGAAACCACCUUGGGCCAUGUUAUUAACAUGUUCGGCAUUAUGCCCAAUAAAACUAUCGCCGAUGUGCUCGACAUUCAGGGAAGUCUUUUGUGCUACCAGUAUAUUGAGCCGUGA